UCGAAAUUUCGAAGCACCCUGGGAGGAAUGACUAUGGGGAAGAGCAGAGCUCGAAGGUUCAAGCAGCCCGGAUUCUCCCCUACGUCCCCCGUCACACAGCCAGCAGAGGCCGGAGAGCAGGAGGACAGUGAGGCCCUGCAGGCCGGAGACUUGCUGCAGAAGCUGCAGAGCCCUUGUCCAGAAGUUAGGGAAUUUGCUUGUGCUAGUAUCUCCAAGCUUGUGGAACAGAAGCAGGUCAUCCCUUCUCUCCUGCAGAGAGAUGCCAUUAGAUGCCUUGGACCGCUCCUGCUUGAUAAGUGUAUGUCCGUACGAGAGACGGCCGCCGGUGCUUUACGGAACCUGAGCACAUGUGGAGGCUUUGAAGUAUGUGAUGACAUGGUUACCAGGGACAUCAUGACCCCAUUAGUGGCUCUUCUGAGAGAGUGUUCAGCUGGCUUCGAUUCAAAUUUGGAGCCAUCAAUAAAGAGUAAAGACUCACCAAAGAACUAUGUUGAAGAUAUUGCAAACCAAGCAAUUAAUGUUCUGUGGAAUGUGUGUGAAAGCAACAGUAAGGCCUUAUCUGUCUUCAACAAGGAACACUGUGUGGACGUUGUUAUCCAGUGCCUACGAAAGUUCCAAAGUAACAUGGAACUGGUAAUUUCUGCAGCUUACUGUCUGCAAACAGUUACAGAAGAUAAUCCAGAUCUUUUGGCUUCUUUUGAUGCCCCUUCUAUGCAGACUCUGGAAACUAUACUUUUGACCUCUGCAACUACUAUGGAGAUGAGACUACUGCAGACAUUGGUUGCAGGUACAGUUUGGAAUUUGAAAGAGAGAAUACCUGCUGGCAGCCAGGCUGAAUCCCUAAAUGCCAUACUGAGGAUACUUGCAGAAGUUCUAGAUCUGGAUUCUGGGAAAUUUGUUAUAGAGAUGAAAGAAGCCGAAUCUCUUCGACUUAGAGCAGCUGCCGCCGAGGCUGAAGCAGAAGAGGCGGCAGCAAUCUUGGAAGAAGCUACUCUGAAUGAAGAGGACAGCGUGAUGGAUGGCACAGUUGAAGAGCAACGUAGUAAAGGUUUCUAUGACUUGAACCCGGUUUCUAUACCUCAUCACAAGGUUUCAGAAGAGGAACUUGGCCAGGCUUCAUACUUGCUGGUGGCCCAGAAAUCUGCCCUGGAAAUGAUUGUGAACAUGUGCUGUAGUGAUGAUCCAUCUGAUGAUGAGUGGGAAGAACUCUCUAGCAGUGAUGAGAGUGAACUAUGCAUGGAAAAAGCAGUAAUGGAUGGAGGCGGCCAGCUGAUGUCACCACUCUGUCUAUCUGCUGAAAUACAUUCUGCUCUCUUGAACCACUGCAUACCAAAAAAGGUGCUGGAAAAGACUCAUUUCCCAAAUGGUGAUGCAUUACAGAUCUGUAGACAGACAGCAGCCUGGAAGCCAUUGAUUACAAAACUGUACAGUGUCCAGCACAGAGCUCUGACCUGCCUACAUAAUAUCUUGUCUAUGAUGGACAUAGAGAGUUUGGGAGGAAUAUCCGCAUUACAGGAGCUUUCUCUGCACCUUUCAGAAUUAGUCUUUACUGAAAAUGAUAUCCCAAAACGAGAUGAAUUUUUAGAAGCCGUGAGCAGUGCUUUGCGAGCAUUACUACAGACUAUGGCAUCUAAAGGGAUACCACAGUGUAUGACCCCGGAAAAAAUCAUCAGCUUUUGUCAGGCCUGCGUCACUAGCCAGAACACCAGUACAAGGACGAACGCAGUCAGUAUUAUUGGGAUCACGGGCAGUGUACUUGCCAAAAUUAAGAACACAGCAGAAAAUCUGGAGCUGAUGGGAAAUAUCCUCCUUGGAUUCGCUGCUAAUGACUCCUCUCUGGUAGUAUGUGGAGGGGCGCUGGACGCCCUCUUUGAUGUAUUUGCAGAUGGCGAGGAAGCGGAAAAGGCUGCAGUGGCGAUUAAUCUGCUCCAAGCUCUUAAGAAAUUGCAACCAGCUUUCAAAUCAAAGAUCCGUAAAGAAGGCAGAGAGAAAUACAGUACCGACCAGUUGUGCGUCCUGGACAAUGUGAGAACAAACCUGAGGCGGUUCAUAUCUUAUCUGGAAUCUAUGAAAUAAACUAUAUAUGAAAAGCUAAUAUGUUUACCCAAUGGAACAGACACUAGGAGCCUGGACUUUUUUUUUUUUUUUUUUAAUAUUGUUACGUUCAAGGAACAGGGGUUGAGGCUUCUGUUCUCCCUUACUUCCAAUAUAACUUAUUAAUUGGUUUUCUGAAUACACUGCAUCAAAAGUUAAAGCUGAAGCUACACUUAACUAUUCUUUUCAGAGAUCAAACUUUGAAAUUCCCAAUAGUAAUACAAAUUCCCCUGAUAAUUAGGUGCUGCUCCAAGUGAUAGGAAUUCCAAAAGGUGUGAAAAUUAAACACUUUUUCACGCACCAAGCAACUUACAUUUAUAUAUAGUUUUCUUUUUAUAUGAAAUAUUGACUUUGCUACUUUAAGUACAUGAUGUUGGACCCGAUAGCCAUUAAGUGAUAGCCUCGCCCUUUAUUGGGAGGAGCUAUAUUUUUUAAUUUUCUGUGAAUGUAAUUUUUAUUUUUUAUUUUUAAAUGAAUAUUUUCAACAUUAGUGUCAUGGGGUUGUUGCAAUACAGAAUUGUUUAAUGGAAAUAUGGAAAGACCUUUAUAAAAAUAAAGAUUUUUGCAAACUUA